ACUCUCGCCCGCGACGCCGCGGCGGACGGACGUCUCACCCGGUUUGAAAACCACCAAGAAGAGGAAAUAUUCAAUUGCUAAUAGAAAAUGUAUACUCCACUGCUUAACAGUUAUUGUGGAACAAAAUUUUGGGACGCCAACCUGACAUGGUACACAGAGGACCCUGAUCUCACGCCAUGCUUCCAGAAGACAGUUCUGGUGUGGGUGCCGUGUGCCUUCCUGUGGCUCUUCUCGCCGCUCGAGACUUACUACAUCCUCCACAGCAAGACCAGGAACGUUCCCUGGAACUGGCUCAACGUCUCCAAGCUGGCCUCAAGUGGUGCCCUCGUCCUGUUGUCGCUGGUCGAACUGGGCUUUGCUGCAAAGAGGAAUUCCGAAGGUCUCGAAACCUACCCAGUUGACAUCUAUUCUCCUCUUGUCAUGCUCGUGACUUUGGCCUUGUCAGUAGUGUUUGUGGUGCUGAAUCGGCGGAACGGACUGAGCACAUCGGGCCUCCUGUUCUUGUUCUGGUUCCUGUUGUCGCUGUGCGGGGUGCCCCAGUUCCGUUCGGAACUACGGGCUUUACGGGACAGUGCUAACCCGGAACUUGACCGUGAGUCUGUCGUGUACGUGAUCUACUAUCCGCUGGUGCUGGCCACGUUGUUGUUGAAUUGCUUCGGUGACUCGGCUCCAACCGUUUCGGAAUACGUGUCUGUAAAGAAUCCAUGCCCGGAGCAGAAUGCUUCGUUCCUGUCGAAGCUGUUCUUCUCGUGGUUCGACCGGCUGGCGUGGAGAGGUUUCCGCAAGCCCCUGGAGAUGAAGGACUUGUGGAACAUGAACCCCCAGGACACGGCCCGGGAGAUUGUGCCUGUCUUCGACAAGCACUGGGAGGCGACCAGGAGGAAGUACGACAAGGGUUCAGCCUCUGGAGCAUCCUUUCAGAAAAGAAAUGACAGUCUAGAAUUUGUGAGUGGCCAGCGUGCAAAGAAAUCGCAGGUUUCAAUACUGCCUGCAAUUUUCAAAACAUUCGGACCCAUGUUUCUGUUUGGGUCUAUGCUGAAGUUGGGUCAAGACUUACUGGUGUUUGUCAGCCCCCAGAUCCUAAGGCUGCUAAUAUCAUUUGUGGAAGGUGACGAACCACUGUGGAAGGGAUAUUUGUAUGCAGUGCUCAUUCUCGUGACGUCUGUUGCCCAGACCUUGCUGCUUGCACAGUACUUCAACAGAAUGUUUGUGGUGGGAAUGCGUAUCCGUACAGCACUAAUUUCUGCCAUAUAUCGGAAGGCUCUGAAGAUGUCAAACAGUGCCAGGAAGGAGUCGACUGUGGGAGAGAUCGUAAACCUCAUGUCGGUGGAUGCUCAGCGCUUCAUGGACAUCACUACUAAUCUAAGCAUGGUCUGGUCAGCCCCACUGCAGAUAACACUGGCUAUCAUCUUCCUAUGGGAUGUUCUCGGUCCGUCCGUGCUCGCCGGCCUGGCGGUGAUGAUAAUCCUGAUCCCGGUGAACGGGUACAUCGCCAACAAGUCGAAGACGCUGCAGAUCCGCCAGAUGAAGAACAAGGACGAGCGGGUGAAGCUCAUGAACGAGGUACUGAGCGGCAUCAAGGUGCUGAAGCUGUACGCCUGGGAGCCGUCGUUCGAGGAGCAGGUGCUGAGGAUCCGCGGCAAGGAGAUGAAGGUCCUGAAGCAGGCGGCGUACCUCAACGCUGGGACGUCCUUCAUCUGGACCUGCGCCCCGUUCUUGGUGUCACUUGUAUCGUUCGCCACGUUCGUUCUUUUGGACGAGGGGAACGUGCUUGAUGCAGAAACAGCGUUCGUCUCUUUGACUUUAUUCAAUGUUCUGAAAUUUCCCCUGUCGAUGCUGCCCAUGUUAAUAUCGAAUUUUAUACAGGCAGGUGUGUCUGUGAAAAGGAUGAAUGCAUUCAUCAACACAGAAGAUCUGGAUUCGCAGAGUGUCGCUCAUGAAUCCACAGAGAAGCAGCCGAUAGUGGUGGAGAACGGCUCGUUCGCGUGGGGCAAGGAGGAGCCGCCCGUCCUGAGGAACAUCAGCCUGGCGGUGAGCCAGGGCUCGCUGGUGGCCGUGGUGGGGACCGUCGGGUCGGGCAAGAGCUCGCUCGUGUCUGCCUUGCUGGGGGAGAUGGACAAGCUGACUGGCCGGGUCAACACCAAGGGCUCUGUAGCGUACGUGCAACAGCAGGCGUGGAUUCAGAACGCCUCGCUGAGAGACAACAUCACGUUUGGCAGACCCCUGGACCAGACGCUGUAUUCCCGAGUGGUUGAAGCGUGCGCCUUGAAGCCAGACUUGGAAAUGCUGCCUGCUGGCGACCAGACUGAGAUAGGAGAGAAGGGCAUCAACCUGAGCGGGGGACAGAAGCAGAGGGUGAGUCUGGCUCGAGCCGUGUACAGCAACGCCGACCUCUACCUCAUGGACGACCCCCUCAGUGCCGUCGACAGCCACGUCGGCAAGCACAUUUUCGAGAACGUCAUCGGCCCGGCCGGGAUGCUCUGCAAGAAGACAAGAAUCCUGGUGACCCACGGAAUCACGUUCCUGCCAGAAGUAGAUCUCAUAGUGGUGCUGAAAGAUGGAGAGGUGUCAGAACACGGCAACUACAGGCAGCUGCUUGAGAGGAACGGGUCUUUUGCCGAGUUCUUGAGACAGCAUGUGGGUCAAGGUACCACGUCUGAAGCCGAUUUGGCAUACCUCAGACAGAUGUCGGUGGAUUCUGUGGGUGCAGAGGGACUGGAUUGCCUAAGUCAAGUUAUUUCUGAGACACUAGAUUCUGAUGAUUCCAAACAAGGAAAUGCUAUCUCGGGGUCUUUGCUAAGGCAGCAGUCUCGCGAGAGCUCCAGAAGCAUUGUCCUUAAUGGUAGCGGAAAACAACUGACACCUAGUGAAAAAGACAAACCCCUUUUGGCAGGGGAGAAGCUGAUAGAAGUGGAAAAAGCAGAGACUGGAAGUGUUAAUUUAGAGGUGUACACGUACUACCUGCGCUCCGUGGGCUUGGUGUUCGCGGUCGCCACGCUGCUGUGCAACGCUGUGUACCAGAGCUUCGCCGUGGGGGCCAACCUGUGGCUGUCCGUGUGGUCCAACAGCGCGUACAGGAAUGACGUGUCGCCCCUGAAUGUGUCUGGGAACUUCACGGCUGAGGGGAAUGACGACCAGACCAUGUACCUGGCAGUGUACGGUGCUCUGGGCUUGGGCCAAGCUGUGGCGACUGUGUUUAACACCCUGGUCCCCUUGCUGGGGGGUAUCGUGGCCGCUGGCAUUUUGCACCGCAACCUGCUCUCGUCCGUGUUUCACGCGCCCUUGUUCUUUUUCGACACGACCCCCGUGGGGCGAAUACUGAACCGCUUUUCCCAGGAUGUGGACGUUCUGGAUGUUGUCAUUCCCGAGCAGUUGAAUGAUUUACUGUAUUGUGUUUUCGAGGUGGCUGCGACAUUGCUGGUGAUCAGCUAUUCCACUCCAAUAUUUAUUGCUGUAAUUAUCCCUGUUGGCAUUGUUUACUAUCUGAUUCAAAGAUUUUAUGUAGCAACAUCCAGACAGCUGAAGCGACUGGAAUCCAUUACCCGCUCUCCUAUAUACUCUCAUUUUGGAGAGAGUAUUACAGGUGCCAUGACCAUCCGAGCAUACUGUGCACAAGAGAGAUUCAUUCGGGAGUCCGAGGAGAAGGUAGACGUGAACCAGAUGUGCUACUUCCCAGGGCUUAUUGCCAACAGGUGGUUGGCAGUGAGACUGGAGAUGAUAGGCAACCUCAUCAUCUUCUUCUCGGCCCUGUUCGCCAUCCUGGGACGGGACACCAUGAGCCCAGGUCUGGUGGGUCUCUCCGUCAGCUACGCUCUACAGAUCACCCAGACGCUCAACUGGCUUGUACGAAUGACGUCCGAUGUGGAGACGAACAUUGUUGCAGUGGAGAGGAUCAAGGAAUAUGCAGAGCACAAGCAGGAAGCACCUUGGGAAAACCCAGCCAUUACCGUGCCCGAGAAGUGGCCAUCGGAUGGCAGAGUGGAGUUCAAGGACUACAAGGUUCGCUACCGAGAAGGUCUGGACUUGGUGCUCAAAGGAAUCACUUUCACCGUCCGCGGAGGAGAGAAGGUGGGCAUCGUGGGAAGAACCGGGGCGGGCAAGUCGUCGCUCACGCUGGGACUGUUCCGCAUCAUCGAGGCCGCAGAGGGCAGGAUCCUCAUCGAUGGAGUGGACAUCUCGCAGCUGGGUCUGCACACGCUUCGCUCGCGCCUCACCAUCAUUCCUCAGGACCCCGUGCUGUUCUCGGGAACCCUGCGCCAGAACCUGGACCCCUUCGAGAAGCUGUCGGACGAGGACGUGUGGACAGCUCUGGAGCAUGCCCACCUCCGAGCGUUCGUGAAGGGCCUGCAGGCGGGGCUGGGCCACGAGGUGUCUGAGGGAGGGGAGAACCUGAGCGUGGGGCAGAGGCAGCUGAUAUGCCUGGCACGGGCACUGCUCAGGAAGACCAAGGUGCUGGUGUUGGACGAGGCGACGGCCGCGGUCGAUCUGGAGACUGACGACCUCAUUCAGCGAACAAUAAGAGUGGAGUUUAAGGACUGCACCAUACUUACUAUAGCACACAGGAUUAAUACCAUCAUGGAUUAUGAUAGGAUAAUUGUACUUGACCAAGGCAGUGUUGCAGAAUAUGAUCAGCCAGCAAAGCUACUGAGUGACAGCACAUCUGUUUUCCAUGGUAUGGCCAAAGAUGCAGGACUCAUUUCGCAGUAGCUGACAAACUAUGGCUGUGCAGCGGCAACUGUUGUCGUUGUUGUAAAAAACAUGCAUUUAGUUUCUUAAGUACACAAUUUUGUGUGUGCAGUGAUAAUGACAUGUUUCUCUACAAAUAGUUAUAAGCAAAGCUUAAUUUAUUUGAAAUGGAAGACACAUAAAACUGUAAAUUUCACAUUAAAUAAAAAUAUUUUGUAUGCAAAAAAAAUGAAUAAACAUGGAAAUGUUUCUGUACAAAAAGAAGUGUUAAGGGGGUGAGAAACCAAGGGGUGCAAAUUAAUUUUUUAUAAAUAAUAAAAUAAUAGAGUUAGGUGUUAUAAAUAUUUAAUAUAAAAUGUUGGUGACAAAGUGACACUAGUAAAUGCCUGUCCUGUGCUGGGAUCUAGAAACUUCAGAAUUAACUAUAGAUUGCAUUUUUAGCAUGUCUUCAGAUUGCUCACAUUCAUUUAGCGCAAAGUUAAUUUUACUGCCCCAGUUUUGAAAAGCACGUCUGUAAAUUUCAGUUAGCACAUAAUUGCCACAGACAAAAUAAAAUUGGGCUUGACGCCACGAAGUCUGUUUCAACUCGGUAAAACAGCUGUACCGUGGCAUUCAGUUAGCCAUACAAGGGAGGAAGAGAUGCACGCGCAGGUCUGACUACACUAUCGGCUGUUGGACAAACAUCAGUUAUGGCAGUUGAGUUACAGCUAUUAAGUGUGAACUGUGAAGGACUAAAUGUUUUUACGUCCGCGCGUAUGCCGCCGUGCCGUACCAUUGUUGCCCAGCUACAGACUAGGCAGUGAUGAACUUCAGUCUAGCCAGUGGCAGGGAACUCGCACAAUGCAAAGCAACGUCUGCCCAUUCGCUUGCCGAUAACUGUAUGUGCGUAAGCACCUGCAGUAGGAAUCAAAUUGGAACCAUGGCAUUCAAGUGAGAGCAUAAUGCGUGUUCAAGUAUUUGAGACACAACUAGAAGUAUUACGGAAUGCAGAAUGUCAUGAAGCCACACUUAUAUUGGUGGUACGUACUUAAGUUUUAAGCACGUCAACUGUGCUCACAAUCAUAUGAAAUAAUGACUCUAUCAAAAGUUUACAUAAGUUUGAUGCUGUUGGUUGUACUAGUGGGAAUAUAUUUUACAUUAGAUACCGGAACAGAAAUGAACAGAUUAUUCACAUGGAUGAGUUGCAUUGAAGUGCAAUGGAAAAAAAUCAUGGGGCUGGCCAUGAAUAAACACUUUAAUUUUUAAAAAAUUAAAAUGCAAAUAUCCAGACAGUAAUAUCGGUUUCACUGCCAGUUAAGGAUGGUUUGGAAAGUUAGCGGAAAGGUGCGUGACGUGAGUUGAAGGUCACGCCCGGGCGGGCAAGUCAACCAGCCGACUAACGAUAACUAUCUCCAGGUACGCUGUGUCAUAUUUGUCAUACAAAGUAUUCUAUAGUAGGCUUAUAAAGAAAAAUGGUGUGACAUAUUUAUCGUUGAAUGUUAUUCUACACAUUUAUAUUACAUAAAGAAUAUUUCCCUAACACAUUUUGGAACACAUUAAGUAAAACAUGAACAUUUUUAGGAAAGCAUUAGGCUGGGUUCACAAUUUAAAAAAAUAAGCGAGUGCAUAGCAAGCCAUGCACACGACCUGUGCGAACUGCGAAAUCGGUUCACAGUUGAAUUUAUACUGUUAAUUUCAGCCAAUGAAAUUUCGCGAACUUUGCGACAUCUGUUAGCAGUGUUAGUAAAUAAACAUAUUACCUUUCAAAAUAACGAUAAUACUAUUAUUAUCAUCUCGACAUUUUCUUACCACAAUAUGGUUAAUAAAUAUAAACAUAUUUCUAGUCCCGCCAAAAAAACACCCUGCUGUUCUCUCAUUGGCUGCUGUGUCAUGCGUACGCGAACGAAAUAAAAUAUAUUCAUUUCACUCCUAUGCGCACGACCUCGCUCCCAUGCACACGACCAACUUUCUGCUAUUGUGAAUCGUUAUGUUAGGAAACAUGGCGUUCAUAUCCUAUGCACACGACCUACUGUUACUGUUACUGUUAUUUUUUCAAUUGUGAACCCAGCCUUAGUCAUACUAAGGGCGCGGUUACACGGGAGUCUGAACUACUUCAGGUGAACAUGUUCAGCUGUUGAGUGCGGUUACACACAGUCUGAACAUGUUUCGUUCGAGGCCAUUUCCCAUUUAACUUAAACAGGUUGGCAAAGUAGUUCAGAUCGACAUAUCUUCUACAUUAGCCUCUGUUUGGCUGUUUAGAAUAUAAACAGUUCUUUCCAGAAAUUCAAGAUGGAAAGUGUUCCUGGCACAAGUUAGAGUAAUAUUUUACCGAAUGCAAAAAAAAAAAUAUAUCAAAAGGUAAUUAUAUACUUUUUUUAAAAUUGAUCCUGACCUUAAUUAUCUUAAAACUUAACACUCUCGCUCAAACAAUAAUAAAAAAUAAGUUUAAAUUGUUUUACUGUGCAUGUUGUUUGAAUUCCCGAUUUGUAAAAAAGUGUUGAGCAAUAUGAAAACACAUUCAAUUUCUGCUGAUAAUACUGUAUAAACAAGUGUGAAAAUCCCGCGUUUUCUGGAUACAAAAUAGAGAUCAACAACAGACAUUCGUUGACAGUAGACAAUCGGUUUUAGAGCUGAACACACUUUUCAGCAACUACCAUGUAACCGUACACUUUCGCGUUUGUAAACGUGUUUACUUAAACAUGUUCACCUGAAGUAGUUCAGGGUCCCGUGUAACCGCGCCCUAAGUGAGGGAUUUGUGUAUGAUGAAACUGUCACUUGUUCCCCUUUGCUACUCACCCCCCUCAUAUUAGAUGAUACCUCAAAGAAAUAAGUAGGUACGUAUUUCACAUGAAAGUCACGUAAACUGCAAUCUCCAAUGCAACACUGGACAAAAUAUUGUUUGCAAAAAAGGGCUUUGAAUAAAAAACUUUUUAAUAAUUUUGUUCUGACUUUUAAAACCAAGCUGUUAAUUGCAUUUGCUACCAGAUGUGUUUAGCGUUUAGCAAUUUUCAUCAGUCACCAAUUUCUCAGCAUCCAAGAUAAUCAUUUAAUUCAAGUUUGAAGAGCUUAAAUCUGUUACUCAUCUUACAUGAUUGUCUUAUGUGAUGUCUAGAGACAUGCAUUUGUGUUUUAAUUUUAUGGCACAAAGUGGUGUUAUUUCCCCCAAUUAUUUUGCACGUUUACAUCAAUUUUACCUUACAUAUUUACAUAUUUAUUUUUUAAAUACCAAUAGAAUUUUGUAAUUUAUACAUUACAAUUAGUUGCUAAAAGCAGCAAUACUUACAACACUUAGCAAAAUUAUAUCUAUCUAUACUUAAAUACAAUAAAAAUGACAAAACUGUACAUUUUUCCAAAAAAAAAGUUGAUAUUUUGGGGAUUUUAUUUGGUAGAAGGUGAAUGUAAAUGUGUGAGAAAAACCUACUAUUUUAUUUAUUUUUAAAGCUUUUAGAAAUUUCAGUUAAAAUUAUUUUUUUCUUUUUAUGAGGGAAGAGUAAUCAACUCCCUGAAGCACUGUGACUUACUGUCUCUCCUGCACUUCAUACCGGCUGUGUACCAUGAUCUGUACGACUUGAAACCAGCUAAGGCAAAAGAACAAGAUGAUUGUAGUGCCAAUUGACUUGUGUACAACUGAUUGACUAUUGUAUAGGUAUAUAAAAAUAAUACAUACAUGUUUUUCACUCAAAUCUAGUUAAAAUAAAAUAUGUAUUAUGUUCUGUUGCAA